AUGGCAGUGGGUUGUUUUAAUCAACCCUCGAUGGUACCAAACGAAGAUAAACUAUCUUUUUGGGGUACCAGUGCUUCGCCAUCACCACCUAAUAGCUCAAAUUUAUUUCAUUCUUGCUGGUCGCCGAUGCCUGCAUAUACAUCCGAUCUUUUAUCAUCACCUUGGCAUUCUGGACGCAGUUGGACUAGUAGAAACAUGGAGCAGGAAUGUGCUGGCAGCGAUCAUACCGAAAGUACACAUUCAGAAUCGGAUCCCCAGAUUUCUCCCAUUCAACAACAUUCACCAACUCAUUUGCAUUAUGCAAAUUUAUGGAGGAAAUCAGUUGAUGAAGCACUUAAUGCAGCAGAUUCAUCUCAUAUUUCGCAACACUCGAUGCCCUCAUCAUCAAAAUUUUUUUCAGACCAAAAUUUAGUAUCUAACCAACCUACUCGUACUGUACCACCAAUACCAUCACAACCACCUCAAUCAAAUUACUUCAGUAGUUUGGCACCCUCUUCUUCACCCCAUUCAACAUCAUUACUUGAUGGCGAAAGAGAAUAUAACCUUAUCCAGGAGCUUUUGAAACUGAAUAUUGAAGGUUCGGUCCCAGCAGCUUCUAGAUCUCCAUCUGGAGUUGGUGCAUUAAAUCAUGGCUCUUCUAGUACAGUACCAUUGUCUGCUGGAAUACGAGAACCGGAUCGCCGAUUACUUCCGAUGAAACCUCCUGAAAAUAGUGCAUGUCCUAUGGGUAUGCACCAUGUUCCUGUGACAUUACCAUUCGAGCAACAAAUAAAUCCUCAUAUGAAUGUCAAUCGUCACCAGCCAUUGGAUAUGCUCAAAUGGUCACCUGCACCACCUUUGCGUCAAUGGGAUUUCAUGCAGAAAUCGGAUUUUGUUUCAGCAUUGCCUCGUCCAGUAAUCGGUCAGAGUGCUGUUUUGAAAAGGGGGUCAUCUACUCGGGAUGAUGGAGAAUUCAGUUCUCUCUUAGCAGAAAUAUUACAUCAUCGAGCCUUCUACGCACGCCUUUGUAGUAGUAUAUAUCAGAAUGGACAAUUGCCUUUACCACCAGCAUUCAAAUUAUACACUCCAUCGGUAGGUGUAUGCAAUAGUAGUUCUGCAAACGCGCUUGAACUACAGAUUCGUUUGGACGAGAGCACUGAACAAUAUCGUCAGCUGGAGAAAGAACGGAAGAAAACGGAAGCAGAGUUAGCGCGACAUAACCUGGGCAAAAAAAUAUCUUCAACCAAUAGUAUGCCCAUCCCUCGUCUUGUACAUGCUCCAUCAAGAGUUGAUCGUCUUAUUGUUGACUUUUUUAGGGAACAUGCACGUGUUGUAACAUUAUUAUCAAAGAUGGAACAACUCCGUGAAUCACCAUUACCACGUGACGUUCACAUGGCACUGCGUGAAUUGCUCGAUGCUGUCAAAGUACUGCAGCAAUGUAGAACCAAAGAAAGGAAUAUUAUAAUGCAGCAUUUACGUGGCGAAGUGGUUCGAUUCGGUGAUGAUCUAGAAUUAGGUAGAGUCAUGCAUGCAGUUUUUUUAUUCGUGAUGGAAACGAAUUCUUUAACAAAAGCGUUGGCGAAUAUUUGUAAAGCAGUAGUAAGAGCACGAGCAGCUAAUUGGUGUUCUCUAAUGUGGACAAUUGGCGCAGAUAUGGAAAGCGAAAAGCAUAUUGAGAGAAUUCUCAGUGCCAAUUUCCAAAUAGCUCCUCCUGAAAUCAAGCAUCGACCUAUUUGA